UGUUGAGCAGCGUGUAUCGACAAGAUGUUUCCCACUCGUGCUCUGCUGGGGCGAUCCGUAUGGAAAGUCUCCCUCUCCCGCGAAAGCUUCCCCUCCUCCCGGCACACCCCGAUCAAGACACAGAAGCGCGGAGCCACAAUCCUGCCUAAUUUCGUCGGUUUGCGGUUCGCAGUGCACAAUGGGAAGACGUACCAGGAUGUGUUGAUCACAGAGGAUAUGGUGGGGAGGAAGCUGGGCGAAUAUGUUCCUACCCGCAAGCGGUUCACGUACAAGCAGUCCAAGAACAAAUAAGUGGUUCUGGCGGCGGUAUGGGGAUACCGUUCGAUGGUUCUUGUCGCUGCGUUUUCGAGACCUUGGCACUGGCGCUUACGGGUGUUGUUCCUGGGCGAGCAGCAUUAUGGGAUGGGAUCGUGAUUGGGACUGCUACGGCGGUUGUUCCAAAUGAUCAAGGCAGGGAAUGUCUACUGGAGGGUAACAGAUCUGGCUGCUCUGCGGUAUCGUCUCCCUGUCGAGGCUCUUCCGUCUUCUACUGGCGGGAUGUGUACAUCUACACAUAUCUGUAUUGUAAAAAUAGCGGUUACUGUGUUGGAGUUAUUUAGGUUUUGCGAAAGUCAAUAUUUUCAUUCUGGAUA